UUAAGGUUCAGGCAUUCUGGGAAUCACGAUACGCGUCGUUUCGGUAGUGACAGUGGUUUGUUUUUUUUUCGCGAAUUACCGAGUCGAAUCGAAAGAAACGUGAUUAAAACGGGGUGAUGCCCAGUCACGAUUCCACAAUGUUGCGAAAUCAUAAACCGCACUUUUUUCUUCGCAGUCUACUCGUUGACAAUAUGUUUAGUGAAGGAUAAUUAAUUCUAUUGUUGUUCCGUACCGCACCGUACACAACAUUAAGUGGGGUUACACCCAUCUUAUUAUCGGGGUCUUUCAAGCGUAACAAGCAUUUGCAAUGAUAUAUCUCUACUACUGUUUUGCACAGGUCGUUCACCAACACCAACAGCACGGAAACCUGUGCCUCUAGGGAACAAUGAACCGGGACAAAGAGUUCAACAAGAACAAACAGGAAAACCCGAUCCGGCAUGCCUCGUUUCUGUCACGGCGGACCUUCUGGUGGUUGAAGGACAUUUUCCGCGCCGGUUUGCGGAAUGAAAUUACGGAAGAUCUCCUGUAUGCCACACUACCCGAACACCGUAGCAGUCAACUAUCGGUCAAGUUCGAGCGACUGUGGGCCGAAGAACUGCAACGGAAACGGCCAAGCCUGAUGCGAACCUUCUUCCGAGCCUACGGGGCGGCUACAUUGUUCUGGGGAUUACUCUACUCGGCAUUCGAAACGGCUAACCGUGUGGCUCAACCGCUACUGCUCGGUUCGUUGGUUUCAUAUUUUUCACCCGGCCAAACCGCAAUCAGUGAACGCGAGGCUUACUACUAUGCAGCCGGAGUGAUUUUCUGCUCACUGGUUCCUGUACUUACAUUCCAUCCGUUUAUUUUGUUUAUAUUCGAAACGGGCAUGAAACUUCGUAUCGGUAGUUCCUGUUUGAUCUAUAACAAGUCCAUGAAACUGACGAAAUCGGCCACCGGAAUCGAAGGUCUCAGCGGUAAAAUCAUCAAUCUCCUGUCCAACGACGUUGGCAGAUAUGACGUUGCCCUUGCCUUCGUUCACGAUCUCUGGAAAGGUCCAGCCGAGUGUUUACUUUUGGGAUACUUCAUCUAUCUGGAGAUAGGUUAUUCCGGUAUUCUCGGAAUGGCAUUUCUUCUGAGUUUUAUUCCCCUGCAAGCUUGGAUUGGCAAAAAGACGGCCACCUACAGAAUGAAGGCAGCCAAGCGCACCGACAGUCGGGUGCGUUUCAUGAAUGAAAUUAUUCAGGGUAUUCAGGUUAUCAAGAUGUACACGUGGGAAAGUUCGUUUGCGAAGAUGGUGAAACAGGUGCGCCGCAAAGAAAUCAACGCCAUUCGCGGUGGCACCUACAUACGGGCCACUCUAACCUCAUUCUUCGUGAUCUCUCGAGUGUCGAUCUUUCUCAGCCUGCUAUCCUACACGUACACGGGAAAUCUGAUCACCGCUCGGAAGGUGUUCAUUACAUCUAGCUUUUUCAGCAUUUUGAACGAAUCGAUGGUCCAUUUCUGGCCGCUGGCAAUAACGUUCUGUGCAGAGGGAUACAUUUCGGUGAAAAGAGUGCAAGAGUUCUUAUUGACAACGGAGGGGAAGCCGCGAACCAAAGCGAUAGCAAGUGCCACGGAGAAAGGUGGUGGUGCUUUGAAUGAAAACGAGGAAAAGAAGGUUGUGAAGAGUAACGGAACAGUGGACAAUAGCGGAGAGAACGAACGGCUUUUGGUGGCCAGAAGAGUAGUGAAUUUGAAUAGCGAGAAGAAAGGAAUUGUGAUGGAAGACGUCACUGCGAGAUGGUUCAUGAGCGAGGAGGAAUCGAACGUGGGAAUAACUUCGGUCACAACUACGAUAGAAGAAGGUCGGCUUUGUGUGGUGAUUGGUUCUGUGGGAUCGGGAAAGACUACCUUUCUGCAGGUUUUGCUAGGAGAACUGGAGGUUGACGAAGGAUUGGUCCAGAUCAAUGGAUCGGUGAGUUAUGCGGCACAGGAACCGUGGCUGUUCGAGGACAGCAUUCGGAACAAUAUUCUCUUCGUCGAAGAAUAUGACGAACAGAGGUACCUAACGGUGAUCAAGAUCUGCGCUUUGGAGCGGGACUUCGAGCUGUUUCCGCAUGGAGAUCAAACGAUCGUCGGAGAACGAGGUAUCAGCCUCAGUGGAGGACAGAAGGCUAGAGUCAAUUUGGCACGUGCCGUCUACAAGCGAAGCGAUAUAUAUCUACUCGAUGAUCCACUGUCAGCGGUCGACACCCACGUCGGCAAGCACAUUUACGAGAUGUGUAUCCGAGAUUUCCUCUCGGAUAAGGUUUGCGUUCUGGUGACGCAUCAAUUGCAGUAUUUAAAGGAUGUUCAGCACGUUUUGCUAAUGGAAGCCGGAUGUGUCGAAACACAGGGAACAUUUAGGGAGCUUAAGAGAACCAGACUCGAUUCGAUAACGUCUUUGAGUUCGGAGGACUCUUCUUCCGAAAACCAGUCCGAACAAGACUUCAAAAAGUUGACGUCUCACUGUGAAAAGUCGGCUUUGGACGAAACAAAGCAAGAGGAAGUCAGAGAAUCUCAGGGGGAGGGCAAAGUGGAGCUGUCAGUGUACAAGACUUACAUCACUGCAAUCGACAGCUACUGUUGGAUAAUGUUUAUCGUAUUGCUUAUAGUUCUAGCACAAAUUGCUUUAAGCAGCGUUGACUAUUUCGUAGCUGAGUGGGUCAACUGGGAGGAAUCGCUAGGAGCGCAAAACGGCACACUUAUGGAAGAUCAAACCAAUGAAAACACUUCGCUAGAUACGAAUUCAUCGAUGACGAAUUACACCGAAGAAAGACAGCAAUACAUACUGACCUACUCUAUCCUGAUUGGAAUUUUCGUCUAUCUGCUCGUGCAGCGUACCUUCUCGUUCUACCAUGCGUGUUUACGAAUCUCAAUCAAUCUGCACGAUCGAAUGUUCCGUGGAUUAACGCGAGCAACCAUGCAUUUCUUCAACACCAAUCCAUCGGGGCGAAUUUUGAAUCGGUUCUCGAAGGACAUAGGGGCAAUCGACACCGCCCUGCCUAUGUCCUUGUUCGAGUGUAGCUUGUUCAUGCUGGAAAUGCUAGCCGUGGUAACGCUGGUUUCGAUUGUCAAUCAGUGGUUCCUGGUGCCUACAAUCGUCAUUGCCAUCGUCAUGUACUACAUCCGGAGGAUUUAUCUCACCAGUUCACGAACCGUAAAACGUAUCGAAUCGGUCAAUCGAUCACCACUUUUCGCUCAGACGAAUGCCACAAUUCAGGGUCUGUCAACGAUUCGUGCCUUCCACGCGCAGGAUGUAUUGAUUAAGGAAUUCAACGAACAAAUAGACAUCAAUACUUCUGCGUGGUAUAUUUUCAUCACCACAACGAGGGCAUUUGCUCUCUGGUUGGAUUUUGUGUGUGUGGUUUACAUUGCGGUCGUCACGUUGAGUCUGGUUAAGUGGGGUCAACACACUCUCGGUGGAAGCGUUGGUUUGGCCAUAACCCAGACCAUCAGUUUGGUGGGAAUGUGCCAGUGGGGCAUGCGACAAUCGGCCGAGCUCGAGAAUCAAAUGGUUUCGGUGGAGAGAGUGACCGAGUAUACGAAUCUGAAACCGGAACCUCCGCUGGAGUCGGAACACAAGUACAGACCGCAGAGAAACUGGCCCGAAGACGGUAUGAUAAAGUUCUCGAAUGUGGAUCUGAGCUAUUCGGAUGAUGGAGAAAAGGUUUUGAAAGAUUUAAACUUCACCAUUUGGCCGAAUGAAAAGAUUGGAAUUGUUGGCCGGACAGGAGCGGGCAAGUCCUCCCUCAUCCAGGCUCUGUUUCGAUUAGCACCCUACGAAGGAGUGAUCGAAAUCGAUGGUUUGGACACGAAGACCCUUGGACUGAAAGAUCUGAGGAGCAAAAUUUCGAUCAUUCCGCAGGAUCCGAUUCUGUUUUCCGGGACUCUUCGGAGUAAUUUAGAUCCGUUCGAGGAGAAAAAUGACGAACAACUAUGGGACGUGUUGGAUCAGGUGGAGUUGAAAGAAGCGAUCUCUUCUUUCGCCGGAGGAUUGGAAUGCAAAAUGUCCGACGGGGGUAGUAACUUCAGCAUGGGACAACGACAGCUGGUUUGUUUGGCGAGGGCCAUGCUUAGGAAGAACAAAAUAUUAGUAUUGGAUGAAGCCACAGCCAACGUGGACCCGGAGACGGAUAAACUCAUUCAAACCACAAUCCGGACGAAGUUCGCUGAGUGCACAGUAUUAACAAUCGCUCAUCGGCUACACACGGUCAUGGAUAGCGACCGGGUUCUGGUGAUGGAUGCCGGUCGAGUAGUGGAAUUCGGACAUCCCCACAAGCUGAUGAACGGAGGAACCGGAUAUCUUCGACGAUUGGUGGAACAAACAGGAGUGGCAACGGCCGCCGCACUGAUGCGGAUUGCCGACGAAAAUCAUAAAAUAAAAACAUUAAAUAAGUAGUUAUCCAAAUUACUCAAACACCACUUACAUACAGGAACUGCCUCAAUAAGCUAGAACAUUUAAGGGACAAAAGUGCUUAAAAACUUUUUAAAGAAAAUUAGACGAUAGUUUUUUUUACAUCUUAGUACACAAUUGCUAGAAAACAAAAAGAUACACGAUUAGAACAAAAGAAAAAAAAAAC